AUGGAGAAGUUCUCCCAGUUUCGUGACAGAGGCUCCGGCAUCUCUCCCUUCAUCCCAUACAGCGCGCCCUCGAGCACGCCGGCCAAGCUGCUGCAUCUCGGCCUCUUCGUCUUCCGCCUGCCCUUCCUCCUCUCCUACGUGGCCUUCUACUUCCUGCUGGCCCAGCACAUCCCCCUGCUGCCUCAAAUCCUCAACAAGCUGCUAGUCUGGGGCCUCCUCGCCAUCCCCCAGGUCUGGUGGGGCGACCUGCAGCUCGACGGCGUCAAGCGCGGCUCCCUAUCCCAGCAACCGCCGGGGCGCAUGCCCUCCGCGCCGCCCGCCUCCCUCAUCGCCGCCAACUUCACAAGCCCCGUCGACGCCGUCUACCUCGCCGCCGUCUUCGACCCCAUCUUCACAAUCAGCUACCCGCGCAGCCGCAAGGUAUCCAAGGUCGGCCUGUGGGGCGCCAUCUGGCACGCCCUGAGCCCCUCGCAGCUGCGCGCCAGCCCGCCCGCCUCGGGCCUGACCACCAUCGACGCCAUCCUCGCCCAGAACCCGGGCCGCGUCGUCGCCGUCUUCCCCGAGUGCGCCACCACCAACGGCCAGGGCGUCAUGCCCUUCAGCCCGAGCCUGCUGACGGCGCCCGCGGCGGCAAAGAUCUUCCCCGUCAGCAUCCGCUACGCCUCGCCCGCCAUCACGACGCCCGUCCCGGGCGAGUGGGCCAGCUUCCUCUGGCGCCUGCUCAGCCGCCCCACCCACGUCAUGCGCAUCCGCAUCGCCGAGGCCGUCUACAACACCUCCGGCGCCGUCAACGGCGUCGGCGAGGCGUCGGGCGUCGAUAUCCCAGGUCGCUCGGGACUGGGCGCGGCUGGUGAGGCUGACGAGUCCACGAAGAUCACGACCGAGGAGAGACGCGUGCUGGACCGGGUCGCGGAGAACCUUGCGAGGUUGGGCCGGAAUAAGAGGGUUGGUCUGACGAUCGAGGACAAAGCCAAGUUCGUCGAGGCCUGGAAGAAGAAAUAA